CCGUGGCGCUGGUGUAGCGUGGGGGCAUGCGGGUGCGGCCGGGGGACGCGAGUGGCAGCGCGCGGGGCGGCGAUCAGAGACCGGCCCCGGACGCCCGGGGAGCGGAUGGCGGAGCCCACGCGCGCCUCGAAGCCGCGCUGCAGGCAGGGCGUCGUGCCAGGCGCGGGCGCCGCCGUGAAGCCCAAAAAGAAAGCUUUUUAUUUGUUGAGCAUGAAGCCCCCGAAGGACCCCGCCCCCAACAACAAUAACAACGUGUCGUUUGUGAUCCACUGUCAACUGGGCAAGGAGAUCAAGCACAUUUGCAGCAACUGCAGCCGGGGGGAGGACGGCCGCGACGCUGAGGAAGUGGAGAGGCUGGCGGCAAUGCGUUCUGACUCGCUGGUCCCGGGCACACACACCCCGCCUAUCCGGAGGAGGAGUAAGUUUGCCAACCUGGGAAGGAUUUUCAAGCCUUGGAAAUGGAGGAAGAAGAAAAGUGAAAAGUUCAAGCACACAUCAGCAGCUCUAGAAAGGAAGAUAUCGAUGAGGCAGAGCAGAGAGGAGCUGAUCAAACGAGGGGUCUUGAAGGAAAUCUAUGAUAAAGAUGGAGAGCUCUCCAUUUCGAAUGAAGAUGACUCCCUGGAGAAUGGGCAGUCCCUGAGUUCCAGCCAACUCUCUUUGCCUGCCCUGUCGGAAAUGGAGCCCGUACCGAUGCCCAGGGACCCCUGCUCGUUUGAGGUGCUCCAAGCUUCAGAUAUCAUGGAUGGACCAGUGUCUCAAGAGAGCCCCUCUGCCAGUGAGUCUGGAGUCCUCCUGUCCCAAGAUCCUUCAGCCAAACCAGUUCUGUUCCUGCCCCCCAAAAAACCUGCUGCUUUCUCUGGAGACCAUGAGGAGACCCCAGUGAAGCAGUUGUCCCUCCUCAAGCAGCCCCCGGCCCUGCCUCCCAAACCCACUGCCCGGAUUGCCAACCACUUAACAGAUCCGGGCGCCCCUGUGAAAUUGCCUUGUCUGCCAGUGAAACUGUCGCCUCCGCUACCUCCAAAGAAAGUCCUGAUCUGUAUGCCUGUAGGGGGGCCAGAGCUCUCGCUGGCAUCCUAUGCAGCCCAGAAGAGCAGCCAGCAGGCCGUGGCCCAGCACCACCACACUGUCCUGCCAUCCCAGAUGCAGCACCAGCUGCAGUAUGGCAGCCACGGCCAGCACCUCCCAUCCUCCACCGGCACCUUGCCCAUGCACCCCUCGGGCUGCAGGAUGAUCGAUGAGCUGAACAAGACACUUGCUAUGACCAUGCAGAGGCUGGAAAGCUCUGAGCAGCGAGUCCCCUGUUCCACUUCUUACCACAGCUCUGGUUUGCACUCAAGCGAUGGUGUCACGAAAGCAGGACCCUUGGGCCUUCCGGAAAUCAGACAAGUGCCAACGGUUGUGAUUGAAUGUGACGACAAUAAAGAAAAUGUGCCUCAUGAAUCCGACUAUGAAGACUCAUCCUGCCUGUAUGCUCGGGAGGAGGAGGAAGAGGACGAUGAUGAGGAUGAUGACACGUCAUUGUAUACCAGCUCUCUGGCCAUGAAGGUCUGCAGGAAGGACUCCUUAGCCAUCAAACUCAGCAACAGGCCCUCGAAGCGAGAGCUAGAAGAGAAGAACAUCCUUCCCAGACAGACGGAUGAGGAGCGACUGGAGCUCAGACAGCAGAUUGGCACUAAGCUCACCAGGCGGCUGAGCCAGAGACCCACUGCAGAGGAACUGGAACAGCGGAACAUUCUGAAACCUCGGAAUGAACAAGAAGAGCAGGAGGAGAAGCGUGAAAUUAAGAGAAGGCUGACUCGUAAGCUCAGUCAAAGGCCCACGGUGGAAGAACUUCGGGAGAGGAAAAUCCUCAUCCGGUUCAGUGACUACGUGGAGGUGGCAGAUGCCCAGGACUAUGACCGCAGAGCAGACAAGCCAUGGACCCGCCUCACAGCUGCUGACAAAGCUGCCAUCCGGAAGGAACUCAAUGAGUUUAAAAGCACUGAAAUGGAAGUCCAUGAAUUGAGUAGACACUUGACCAGGUUUCAUCGACCCUAACAGUGGGAUUACCCUUGAGUGCUCUGCUGUCUUCAAAACAUAAAUUUAUGAGAACCAUAAGUGCUGGCAUUUGUCCACUUUCCCGUUAAGAUGUAAAUCUGAACUGCCUUUUUUUUUUUUUUACAAAAAAAGAAGAAAAAGAAAAGAAAGGAAGGAAAAAGGAAGAAGAAAUAAAGGGAAACGCAAUCAGGAUUCUGUGUGCAGGAACACCACGGUGACCAUUCCUCAGUCAAAGUUGCUGGCCACUUCUGCUACAGAAAGGUGCCCCUGCCCCCAGCAGAGUUCUACCUGACCACUGUCCAGAGACUGCCUCAUGCCCCCCCAGCCAGCCAGCAGGCACCACAUUGGUCCAGCCUUCAGUGAACCCCUUCCUCACAGGGGACUAUUGCCUGAGUCCAAAGAAGCCAAGGGCAGUGGGUUUGGCAUGGGAGUGGCUAGGCCAGAAUCAUAAUCCAGCUGGCCUAGACUCUGCCAGACACACGGGCUCCAGAUGGCACAUUCACUUUGGGGGCCCUCAAGAGGAGGAUUCUGGGAAAGGGGAAGACCGCUCAGUUGCCGCCGCCCCCCCCCCCACACACACACACUUUCUCUUCAGCCUUGUCCUGGGGAAGCCUGUGCUGGCACUUAGAUCCUAAUCAUGUGUGCUGUGGGCAGAGGAAGCCCAAACUGAGCAUCUGCUUUGACCCCCAGCCCAAACUGAACUGCCCUCCAAAAAAGUGAGGGAUAAUGGCCGCCUGUUCAGUUCACAUUCAUUGACCAGCUUAUGUUUGGAAAGCCCAGGGCCAAGAGUGAGCCAUACAUAAACGCCAUUGCUAAGGUUCCCUGUGGUAUUCAUGAGUAUGAGCUGACCUGAGAGAGGCUGGGGUCAGAAACUCCACUCAGCUCACGUGUUUCAUUGGCCUUGGGACACCUGUGAGACCGUGAUGAUUUGGUUUGGCAAUUUUAAUAACUUCGCGUACAUGGAGACCAGAGCUGGGAAUCAAUGUUCCGGUGCCUCCCCAGGGUCUCCCACUCUCCUGUCUGAUCACCGAAGAGUUUCUGCAGAGAGACCCACAUUCUAGCAGGGCUAGCAAUGGGCAAGGCUUUGCCAGCCAUGGCUGUCUGCUGCUCCUCUUACCCAGAGUCUCUCUCUCUCAGGCUGUGCCUCCAGCUGCCCUGUUGACAGGGCCUCCAGGCGUUGGGUGUGCACUGAGGGAAGGUCUCCCCAGACCCUACAGAGGUCUGUUGUAGCCCUGUUUUCCUUGCCAGUGGGAGCUCACGGGCUCUUGGGUGAGAAGCUUUGCCUCCACCCCUGUGGUGCACCCAGCUUUCAGAGUCACCACGGUUUCUUUCACUCGGUGAUGGCUUACUCCCCAUCCAACACACCCAGGAUUUAAAACGAUAUCAGCUAGACAUUCUGGCCAGCCCCCAAAAGAUGCCCCCUUGUCAAACCAGUUGGGACCAUGUCACUCUUAGGACACAGCACACAUCAGUGAGGCCAUGUAAUUUUCUGGAGCAUUAAUGGCUCCAUGGCCAGUUGCUAACCCAGGAACCAGGCCGAGGAAAAGGAAAGCUUAGAUCGGCCCUACAGGUAGCGUCACGCAACUGCUGCUUUCCUGGACCAAGCACACUGCUGUCCAGCCCAAAGACACCGCCGUCACUGGAUCUUUCUGUUAUCAUUAUUAUCUUUUGAAUGUCCAGAGGGAUAUUCAGGGAAACCGUGGCAGGGAUUUUAGCAUGGCUGUAAACGCAGUCUUCCGGAAAGUCUUACUGUCUUUUGAAUGUGCGCGUGGUAGGAGGGUAGAUGCAGAACUCUUUCCUUGAACUUCCCUAGGGUGGGGGGAGAUGUCCUGGGUGGAGGUCCCUGCCCGGCCGGGCCUGAGGGCUACACUUCCUCUAAACAGCAGCUGUGCUUCAGGCUGCCGUGGUGUCCUGGCCUGACAGAUGGGCCUUCCCCAGCCAGGAGGGGUCCUGAGGAACUCCUUGGCUUCCCUGCUGGCCUUGGUUCUGGGGCCCUUCUGAUUGCCUGGGAACCUGAAGUCCCAAAACUGUCAAUCUCCCUACUGCCAACCAGCAGCUGUCACCGUCCCCUUCAGCAUGCCCAGGAGUUGCCCUCCUCUCUCUAUAUGGAAGAAGUUGGGACACAAUGCCCACACUUCCUGUAGGGUGCCCUUUUGCAGAAGUCACUUGCUCAGAGGGGUGCGCUGCACAUGCUCCUAAGAGGUCACCCCCUUUGGGAAUCAGCUAUUUCAAGGCCGUGAUAAGUGGUUCCCACCCAGGCUCAGCAGCCUCCCCAGCUGUGGGGUGGCACUUCCCCUGUCCUUCUGAAAGCCUUGGGUCUUUAGGGAGCUGUAACCACCUUUCCCCCCACUUUGUUAGGACAACUGAAGUGACUUGAAUUAUUUCUAAAGGUGACAAUUUGACAUUGAUUAGCAGGGGAAGGGGGGUAGGAUAAGUCGAGUUAGAUGACUUUAACCAUCCCUUUCUGGAAAAGCUCCAUUUUUUUCAAGUGAGUUCAUCUUGAAGCGUGGGGUUCAGGUUAGCAUGAAAUCGGGAAAUGGGAGAUGUGUCAGCUCUUGGUCUCUUAUCAAAACCGGGCAUUGCUGAAGACCCCUACCCAGCUCCGCUUCCAUGGGAGAAGAGCCUGCCAUUGGCAAACUGGCUUUUCCAAAAUCCUGAUCACGUCAUCCCCAGAUGCGCUGAGAGCCCUGUCAGGUUUGUGGAAUGUGAGCCUUUCCUUCAGGUAGAGAAACCAAACAACACAAUGGUCCUUGUGAGGAGAUGUUCUGAAUUUCUUUUUCUCCUGCUUAUGAACAAUGUGUUUGUCCUUUCGGAAUGAGCAUUGUGGUGUGUCGCUUCGAUGAAUGGGGUCCUGGGCUCUCCCUGUGCACAGCCAGUGGGCAGGGGUCACCUUCAAUGACUUCUUCCUCCCAUAAGUCUCUUCCUCCCCAAGCAGGUUGCUUUCUUCAGUUGCUUCCUGGUGUCUGUACAUAGUUCGUCUUUGUAUAGGAGUGAGUGUGGUGACCUUCGACCCCGUGCCCUCCAGGGUUCUAAUUUAACAGAUGACGGCUGUAUGAGGAAGAUGCUGUACAUAGAAUAUAAAUUAAACUGGAUCUCUGUGGCCUAGGUUUUGUACAUACAGAAACUGCAUGGUAUUUAAAUUAUUGUUUCUCUCUGA